AUGGCGAAGUGGGGGAAGCGCCGGACGAGGACCUCGCCGCCGGCCGCCGCCCUCCCCUCCACCACCAACAACAUCUCCGCCUCUUCCUCGCCGUACUUCCUACCGGACCUGAUCCCGUUGGUCGCGAGCCGGCUGACGACCCUGGAGGACUUCUUCGCCCUCCGCGCCGCCUGCCGCGCCUACCGGGCUCGCCUCCCGCUGUCGUCGUCCAACCUCGCCUCCCAGGGCCCGCUCCUCCUCGUCCACCACAAGGCCUCUACCUCGGAGGCUCUCUUCCACGUCCCCCUCCGCCGCAUCCUCCGCUUCCGCCUCCCUUGCGCCCGCCGGAGCCCCAUCCUCGCCUGUCUCCGCUGGCUCUUCCCUACCCGCUUCGCCCCUGGGGACCCUAGCCCCACCUCCUUCCACUCCUUUGGCUGCCGCGUCGCCAUCCAAGACGCCAGCCGCCCCGAGCUCCGCAUCCGCCACCUACUCACCGGCAAGCGCGCCGUAGCCCGCCUCCCUGGCCCGCCGGAAGAAUAUGACGCAGUUAUCUUUUCCGGCGACCUCAUCAUUGCAUUCACGCAAUGGCGGCCUGACAUCUACUACUGCCGCACCGGGCAUGCUCACUGGCGAGCGGCCUGGUGUGAUGGAGGCUACCAGCUUUACAGUCUGAUGUCCUUGAAAGGCACGCUCUACGCGUUGACUUACCCAAAUUACGGCCUUGCUACCGUCGAGCUUGACAACAAUUCGGUGGUGUUAUCGUUUCUUGAAGAUAAGCUGAGUGCGCAGACAGUUCUGAAUUGUUCGACUUUAUGGCUCGCAGAGUGCCACGGUCAGCUAUUGCUCGUUGUCAGAACCUCUACGUACCAUGUUUUCCGGUGGAAGUCCGGGGAGAGGAAGUGGGCGAGGACCCAAAGCCUUGGUGGUUGCAGCUUGUUCUUUAAUUUGCAUGAGUUUGCUGGUUGUCUUGGUCCAGAUCAUCCGGCAGUUCGAAGGGACUGCUUGUACUUUACUGGGUGGUCUGGGAACUGGAGUGAGUAUUCUUUGGUUGAUGGAUCUUUGCAUGAGAAUGAUGUCGACUACCCUGGGCGAGCAGCAAGGAAGCAUUUUGUACCACUGGCAUGGGUCCUUCCAAGCAUUUGUUGA